UCAUCGUCCGCGCCGCCUCUCCUCAGCCCCCUUCAACACCGUGAAAUUCACACCGUCCCCUCGAUCCGCAUUCUCCACUUCGGCAGUGUGGCGAGCACUCAACAACGAGGUGAAUCGAGAAAAAUAGAGAGUAUACUCGUGUUCCGCCAUCGGCCAUUGUCUCUGACAUGGAAGCCCAGCAAAAUGGCAGAAGUUGUGCAGAUGUUUUUGUUCCUAUAUAAAUCAAAGUAUCGGCGAAAGGUACAUGAUCGAAAUGAUAAAUUAUUGUAUAAUGUACCUUACGCGUUGCUAUGGGCUGUGAUAGCUGGGGCGGCGUUGUUGGAGGGUGCCGCAACAGCAUCAUCCGCCCCAGAGUCAACUUGCGAUUUGGACAAUUGUGUCAACGGUGAUUGUGUCAAUGGUAGUUGUUUGUGUCACGAUGGCUGGCAGGGGCCUGCCUGCCAAUACUGCAGCGGUAAAGUCAGAUUGAAGGCACCAUCCGGUAGUAUUCACGAUGGCACUGGAAAUUAUACGACAGACGUUAAAUGCUCGUGGUUGAUCGAGAGUAGUGCAAAUUCCUCCAUACGUAUGCAUAUAGAGGAAUUCGCAACAGAAUGCGGGUGGGAUCAUUUAUACAUAUACGAUGGAGACAGCGUAGAGGCACCACUAUUGGGUGUAUUUACAGGACUUAUGCAUAAGGACGGAUAUCACAUACGACGUGUACCCGAGGUGAUUGCACGCUCCGGGAGUGUCUUCCUACAUUUUUAUUCGGAUGUUGCUUAUAACAUGAGUGGAUUCAACAUAACGUACAAGAUAAACGCAUGCCCAAGCAGAUAUUCUCACAUCGAUUGCUCCGGUCAUGGUGUAUGCACUGAUGGUACAUGUACUUGUGACCCCACCUGGACAGGUGAGGCAUGUGACGCAUCAGUGUGUCCAAACAAUUGCUCCCACCAUCACGAUCAGGGUGAGUGUAAUCGUGAGAGAAAUGAGUGCAACUGUUCACCAGGUUACAAAGGAUCAGACUGUAGUCAACGUGUUGAACGUGGCUACUGGGAGACCAUACCCUACAAAGACUUUUCACCCGAGGGUUCAGCAAGUCACUGUUCAAUCGUAUGGCAUGACUCACUUUACAUCGUAGGCGGUGAGAGUUUUCACCGUUCCAAGAUGAUUUAUGUCUAUGAUUUUACUGGCAAUGUCUGGGAGACACCGCACAUUGAGGGAAUACGUCCAUUACCCCGUUACUCACACACAUGUGUUCUAUUCGGUGAUAAGAUCUAUAUGUACGGUGGGGUUAUUGAAAAUUCCACAGUAACCAAUGAAUUAUGGGCCUUUGACAUAUCAGCCAAAGUAUGGGAGAAUGUAACAGUGCGUCAUCAUUGUAACAACAGAACAAUGUGUGGACCAUUGAGAGUUGCUGGACAUACCGCUAAUCUUGUUCACAGUCAUGAUAGAAAUGAAAAAAUGGUCGUUAUAUUUGGCCAUUCACCCCAGUAUGGCUAUUUGAAUACUGUACAGGAGUACUACUUUGGUACAAGGGAAUGGAGAAUCGUUGAUUCCACUGGCUUUCCCAUAAAGGGUGGUUAUGGGCACAGUGCUGCACACGAUCCAUUGACAAAUCAUAUUUACGUUUACGGUGGUUAUGUAUCAGAAUCACAGAGCAAUCAAGCAUUGACAAGUCGUAUUUACUCUUAUCAUCCAAAUACACGUGUAUGGCGUCUGUUGACAUCAGCCCCUUCCGCCCGUUUCUUUCACACGGGUGUCUUUGUAUCGGACGGCAUUAUGCUAAUAUUCGGUGGUAAUACACACAACGAUACAAUACAUUCGCAUGGUGCACGUUGUUAUUCAGCUGAUACAAUAGCAUACGAUGUGACAUGUGACUCGUGGCAUCAGUUUCCAAUGCCCCGUGAAAUGUCAGAUCUUCCAAGGUAUGGUCAUAGUGCAACGAUAUUUGGACAAUCUAUGUACAUAUACGGUGGCUUUGAUGGUCAGAUGUUGUCGGAUAUGUUGAUAUAUACACCGGGUAGUUGUGAACAUUUGACAUCGCAGAGUCAAUGUUUAAUAUCUAGAACUGGAUUGAAAUGCAUAUGGGACAAGAGGCAGGAUCGUUGUGUACAGAUAACUAGGAGUUUGCGACAGAAAUUGUGGCAGACUGAUAAUUUACAUGAAUCUACUUACAUGAAGUGCGUUGAUGAUACACAACCACGUGGUAUGACAUCUCACAAGGAGCUCUGUAAACAAUUGACUGAUUGUUCAGCUUGUGUACAAACAUCUUAUGACUGCGUUUGGUGUAGUAUUAAGGGGUGUGCUCAUGAGGUAUGUGGACGUACACCAAGUGCACCACCACUCACUGGCAUCACUAGUCUUGAUCAGUGUGAAUUACACACGGGAAUAGAGUGUCUUCAAUUACACACGUGUCACGCGUGCUCCAAUAACCAGGAUUGUGUGUGGUCGUGGCCGAAUGGGCCUUGUAAACAAAUUACCAAGAUAAGGGACAUAAGUUUUAUGAAUGGUACUGCUAUACAGGCACAACGCUUGACCAUGGAUUCGUGCAGAAGUCCAUGUGUUAACUACAAACAUUGCAGUAAUUGUACGGAAAAUGAUUGCAUAUGGUGUCAGAAUGAGGGAAAGUGUGUUGAUAAAAAUGCAUAUCCAGUGAGUUUUCCUUAUGGUCAGUGCAGAGAGUGGACGACUAAUGGGGCUAGGUGUAGGGCCACUGAGACUGGUAAAGAGUGGUGCAGUUUUUAUUCGUCUUGCUUGAAUUGUCGAUCGGAUCCUGAGUGUGGCUGGUGUGACGAUGGAUCCAAGACGGGAAAGGGUAUUUGCAUGCCUGGUGGAUCUAGGGGUCCUAAUGCUAGAAAUGCUGGAUUUUGUCCCAUUGAACGGUGGUUCUUCACGAGCUGUCCAGUUUGUCAGUGUAAUGGUCACAGUACGUGUUAUGGAAAUAGCAGUGACUGCAUCAAACCGUGUGGGAAUUUAACGAGAGGAGCGCAUUGUGAUAAGUGCAUUCCUGGAUAUUUUGGAAGUCCAUUGAAUGGAGCCACUUGUCAGCCAUGCUCUUGCAAUAAUCAAGGAACUGAGUGCACCAGUGAAACUGGAAAAUGCUUUUGCACGACUAAGGGUAUUAUUGGAGAUAAUUGCGAACGAUGUGACGUUUCUAGUCUAUACCAUGGAGACCCCACAAAGGGAUCAUGCUUCUACGAUUUAGCAAUCGACUACCAAUUCACAUUCAAUUUGAGCAAAAAGGAGGAUCGCCAUUACAGAGCCAUAAAUUUCAAGAAUUCUCCGUCGAAACCAGACGUGGACGCUGAAUUUUCCAUAGCCUGCUCUGUACUUGCGAAAAUGAAUAUCACGAUAAAGAAAGCCAACAGUCCAGAAAAGCCACUCCUACUUGGUGCCAAUUGUACGACUUAUAAGCAUCGUUUCAGCAAAGCUGACUAUAAUUUUGGCAGUGAGGAUAACACGACAUUGACAACGUUUUACGUGUACGUUUAUGAUUUUCAACCGCCCCUUUGGAUACAAAUAUCAUUUUCCCAGUACUCCAAACUCAAUCUACAGCAAUUUUUCAUCACAUUCUCCACAGAUUACAUGACAACGCACAGGUGCUUCCUUGCUCUUCUACUGGUGGCGGCAAUAUUAUGGAAAAUAAAACAAAAAUAUGACAUGUAUCGGAGACGCCAGAGACUCUUCGUUGAGAUGGAACAGAUGGCCAAUCGUGCCUUCAGCCAAGUCCUGGUGGAGAUGGAGAGACGUCAUAUUCCACCGGAUAUUGAGAGAAACGAUGCGGAGACCAAUAACGUCAGAAAAAAGAAAAAGGAUGCUCCAAGUCCCAUUGCCCUGGAGCCGUGCAGUGGCAAUAGAGCAGCUGUUUUAUCGUUGCUAGUCAGACUGCCAACGGGUGGUGAGCCUUACACACCAGCAGGUCAGAGUGCUGGUUUAGCAGUUGCAUCUGCACUAGUCACCCUGGGCAGUCCCAGAAGGCCUUCACAAGAACUGACUACAAAGGAGCCCAAAAAAUCAAGAAAAUCCGCCAGUCAACAUCCAGACUCUACCUGCAUCUAGCGUUGGAUGAAGGUAAUCACUUUAAUCUCCACCAUUUGUGCUUUCAUAUCUAUUGGAACAUUAUUUUAUUGUUUUUUAAUUCACGAGAGCAACUGAUGUGACCCAUUCCUUUGAAUUGUAAUUCAUGCUGUAAUCGCGAGUGAUUUUUUUUUCCUCGACUUUUUUUUUUUAUCUUUAUCCUUGUUUUUACAAGAGGCAAUUAUAUCAUUGUGGCAAUGAGGCGUCCAUGAUUAGUGGAAUGAUCAACCUCUACUCAAUUCAAAUGAAGUUUCUUUUUCCAGUAGAGUGUUUUAACCUUCGAUGGAAUUGAUAAUUUUCAGCGUAAAUUAUCAUGUAUUUUAUACAUUUUCACAUCCAUUUCGUGUCAAUGAUUUAUCAAUUAAUAUUUAUCUGUCCCUCAAUAUCUAUGUUUGCAGACAAUCAUUCUGCUCGGUUAACAGUGUUUCUUUUAUUCUCUUUCUCGAGUUAAACUUUUGAAGAACAUUGACGUGAACUGGAUAAGGCUGAUUAUCUAGACUGCUUUGAAAAAUGGCCCGCCUUAAAAAAAAAAAUAAAACGGCUACUUACGGUGUAAAUGCUCUCUCCACAUACAACAUUGUAAACAAACCUACGUGUACCAUUUUUGAAUGUGCUAGUUAAUGUAGCAAUUUGUUGAAACUCGAUGGUGAUAAUAAAAAAAAACUGAGAAUAAAGAAAAAUGGUUGGGAGAUGUUGGAGAGUUGAAAGAAUUGUACAGUAAUGAGAAGAAAUAACGAAUCAGAUCUAUUAAUUGAUUUUAAUUCGUGGUAUGCUUGGCGAUAAGGAAGUGCGCGAGAUUACGAAUGUAUUAAUCCUCUUUUUUUAUAUUUUCAAAAUGAUAGAGCACGAUAAAUAUUUCAAUUCUAAACCAAGGGACUUAAGUAAUAGGAAGACAUUGAGGGCCUUGCAUUUAAUAAUAAGCUUGACUUAGUAUUUCAUUGAUCCUUCUCCCCCUCCCCCCUCUUUCCUUCCGCUCCGCGAAUAACCAUUAGAAUAACGUAUUACUGCAAUUGAACGCUUUAUUUUCAUCCAGCGUUCCAUUGCACGAAAGUAUAAUGUCAUUUUACCAAAAAAGCAAAGAACUAAAAUUAUUCGUUUUUAUUAUUGGAUUAUAUUCGUAUUUAAAUCAUCUGCACCAUCAAAAUUAUCAUUUUAUGGAUUAACUCGGUUGUCAGUUGGUAUUGUAAAUGACAUUAACGAAUUCAAAUAAUGAUAAUUACUCAAUGUAGGAUAAGUGAAGAUGCAUUUUUUUUUGUCGAAAGUUUAAAAACUUGUACUUUUUAUAACGCGAGGUAUCGUGCAGAAUAAGCAGAGUGUAAAAUAAAUUAUUCCUAAAAUUAUUGAAUUCACUGUAAUACUAGAACAUCAUUUUCUUUUAAAUUCGUCAUUCAUUAAAAUUGUCCAUUCAUCAGACUAAAAUCAAUUUUCGAAUAGAACCAAAAUUGUUAUCGAUUCAGGAUGACAAACUCGAAUUAGUGUAAGAAUAGAGCAGUAAAUUAUUUGAAUUAGUCGUCUCUGGCAAUGUAUAAAAGUAUAUUUAAAUGAAGCAUCGAAUUUCGUCCAAUGAUUGGACAUAGUCGUCAGAAUUUGGGGAUUUUUCCUUCAUUGUGAAUAGGAAACUCCUGAAUGAUGUCAGUCCCAAUGCGAUACCACUAAGAUAAACAGGAUACAAGAACACAGUGACAAUGUUUUCUAUGUUGAUUUUAUUUUUAGAGGGAGAGAGAACAAAUUGUUAGUGGUAAAAUCCUAGAGUGGCUUUCUCUCACUGAUGCAAUGAAUCAUUUGCUUGUGAUAAAAUUAAGACACUUCUAAAAAAUAUCAAGUGUGAAUAGAAGAAACAACACUUAUUAUUCUUGACCAGAUCAGUGAGACAUCAGAUAGUGUCAAUUUUCAUUUGAAAAUAACCACAAAUCACUGCUGUCAUAAGAGAAAGUGCCACGUUUUUACAAUUACGAGAUGAUUAAAUCGUUAACAUUAAUGCAUCACACCAUAUUAUUUGCCGCAUUGAAUCAUUUAUGUAUAGACACAUACACAGAACACAUUCUCGAUCAUAAGAUAUCCAACAAAAGAACAAAAAAAAAACAAAAAAAAUAUAUUGAACAUAUAUUUUCAUUCAAUUGUGUAUUCAGCUCGAUCUAGUCUAUAACGAUGAACAAAAUGAUGAGUGAUUGAAGUACGUGUGUGAGAGAAUUGGUACAGAGGAGUGCUGGUGGUGUAGCAAUUAGAUGAGACAUGAAGGAUGAAUUGGCGGGAGGUGGGGAGUGAACGAAAUAUAAAGUAUCUAGCCAGUCUCGACGAAAUCAAAGAAAGUAAAUUUCGUGAUUUUAGAAAGUAAUACAUGUUCGAAAAUUUCGUAGAGAACUCUUGCACAUUCGCUAAAAAUUCUAAUGGGAUGUCUUAAAUUUUGCAACUCAUUUUUGUAUAGAUAUGUUUAAGAAAUAACAUUGAAUAGAAAAAAAGAAUAGUGACUUUCGUUAUAGAGCUAGUUGCCCUGGUUCCACAAGUAGUUCUUCCAGUAGUUGUGACGGUUUCCAUAAAAAAAUAUAUGUUCAAAAUUUCCACAUACUUUUGGUCUUAGUUUUUUAGAGAACGAAAACAAAGGAUUUUUUAAAGACUUUUGAUAAUUUCCACGUCAUAAUUUGUAUAGAAAGAUAUAAAUCCAUGAGUUUUUUAAUUAAAUGUGUUUUAUCAAAUAUUUAUUUUCGAGAAAUCCAAUAGAUUUUUUUAAUCAAUGUCCUGUAUGUUUCUAUGAAAUUUUUUAGUGUGUUGCCUAGAGUGGCUAAAUACUCUGUGGAGCCAAAUUGAUUAGGGGCGAAUGUUCAAUGCAGCUCAAACAUUAAAAAGACUGGCGAAUUGUUCCAAUAAACGUUAUUAAAUUGACAGGAAAAGGUGAUUGAACUGAAUAAUUAAAAACUCAGCCAUAUUUUUGUCCCAGAUUGUAUAGACACUGAGUGAGUGUAAAUUUAAUUCGAGUAUGACUCUGUGUGACUGAUGAAUAUGUAUUAUAAAUGCAGAUAUUGUUUAAAUAAAAAUUGAUAUAUUAAA